AUGGCUGAUGGCAACGAGGAUCUGCGGGCUGACGACUUGCCUGGGCCAGCCUUCGAGAGCUAUGAGUCCAUGGAGCUCGCCUGCCCCGCCGAGCGCAGCGGCCACGUAGCCGUCAGCGACGGGCGCCACAUGUUCGUCUGGGGCGGCUACAAGAGUAAUCAAGUCAGAGGAUUAUAUGACUUUUAUCUGCCUAGAGAAGAACUAUGGAUCUACAACAUGGAGACUGGAAGAUGGAAAAAAAUCAACACUGAAGGUGAUGUUCCUCCUUCUAUGUCAGGAAGCUGUGCUGUGUGUGUAGACAGGGUGCUGUACUUGUUUGGAGGACACCAUUCAAGAGGCAAUACCAAUAAGUUCUACAUGCUGGAUUCAAGGUCUACAGACAGAGUGUUACAGUGGGAAAGAAUUGAUUGCCAAGGAAUUCCUCCAUCAUCAAAGGACAAACUUGGUGUCUGGGUAUAUAAAAACAAGUUAAUAUUUUUUGGAGGGUAUGGAUAUUUGCCUGAAGAUAAAGUAUUGGGAACUUUUGAAUUCGAUGAAACAUCUUUUUGGAAUUCAAGUCAUCCAAGAGGAUGGAAUGAUCAUGUACAUAUUUUAGAUACUGAAACAUUUACCUGGAGCCAGCCUAUAACUACUGGUAAAGCACCUUCACCUCGUGCUGCCCAUGCCUGUGCAACUGUCGGAAAUAGAGGCUUUGUGUUUGGAGGCAGAUAUCGAGAUGCUAGAAUGAAUGAUCUUCACUAUCUUAAUCUGGAUACAUGGGAGUGGAAUGAAUUAAUUCCACAAGGCAUAUGCCCAGUUGGUCGAUCUUGGCACUCACUAACACCAGUUUCUUCAGAUCAUCUUUUUCUCUUUGGAGGAUUUACCACUGAUAAACAGCCACUAAGUGAUGCCUGGACUUACUGCAUCAGUAAAAAUGAAUGGAUACAAUUUAAUCAUCCAUAUACUGAAAAACCAAGGUUAUGGCACACAGCUUGUGCCAGCGAUGAAGGAGAAGUGAUUGUUUUUGGUGGAUGUGCCAACAACUUGCUUGUCCAUCACAGAGCUGCACACAGUAAUGAAAUACUAAUAUUUUCAGUUCAACCAAAAUCUCUUGUACGAUGGAGUCUCGCCCUGUUGCCCAGGCUGAAGUGCAAUGGCACCGUCUCAGCUCACUGUAACCUCUGCCUCCUGGGUUCAAGCGAUUCUCCUGCCUCAGCCUCCCGAGUAGCUGGGACUACAGGAAGUCAGGGACCCUGAACAGAGGGACCAGCUGGAGCUGCGGCAGAGGAACAUAAAUUGUGAAGAUUUCAUGGACAUUUACCAGUUCCCAAACAAUACUUUCACAAUUUCUUAUGCCUGUCUCACUUUAAUCUCUUAAUCCUGUUAUCUUCAUAAGCUGAGGACGUAGGUCACCUCAGGACCACUGUGAUAAUUGUGCUAACUGUACAAAUUGAUUGUAAAGCAUGUGUUUGAACAGUAUGAAAUCAGUGCACCUUGAAAAAGAACAGAAUAACAGCGAUUUUCAGGGAACAAGGGAAGACAACCAUAAGGUCUGACUGCCUGCAGGGUUGGACAAAAUAGAGCCAUGUAUUUCUUCCUGCAAAGAGCCUACAAACGGACAUGCAAGUAGGGAAGAUAUCACUAAAUUCUUUUCCUAGCAAGGAAUAUUAAUAAUUAAUACCCUGGGGGAAGGAAUGCAUUGGGGGGGUGGGGGGGGGAAGUCUAUACAAAAGGCCACUCUGGGAGUGUCUGUCUUACGCAGUUGAGAUAAGGACUGAAAUACACCCUGGUAUCCUGCAGUACCCUCAGGCUUAUUAGGGUGGGGAAAAAACUCCACCCUGGUAAAUUUGCGGUCAGGGUUCUCUGCUCUCGAACCCUGUUUUCUGUUAAGAUGUUUAUCAAGACAAUAUGCGCACCGCUGAACAUAGACCCUUAUCAGUAAUUCUGCUUUUGCCCUUUGCCUUGUGAUCUUUGCUUUUGCCCUUUGCCUUGUGAUCUUUGUUGGACCCUUAUCAGGAGUUUCUGAUUUUGCCCUUGUCCUGUUUCCUCAGAAGCAUGUGAUCUUUGUUCUCCUUUUUGCCCUUUGAAGCAUGUGAUCUUUGUGACCUACUCCCUGUUCUCGCACCCCCCUCCCCUUUUGAAAUCCUUAAUAAAACUUGCUGGCUUUAAGGCUCAGGUGGGCAUCAUGGUCCUACCGAUACGUGAUGUCACCCCUGGCAGCCCAGCUGUAAAAUUCCUCUCUUUGUACUCUUUCUCUUUAUUUCUCAGCUGGCUGACACGGAAAAUAGAAAGAACCUAUGUUGAAACACUGGGGGUGGGUUUCCCCGAUACAUUUUUAGACAUAGCACAAACUGUUCUGCAUAUUGCUUUUUUCACCUAAAAGUACAUUUUCUUCAUUGCUGAAUGGAUGCACUACACUUACUUAACCAUUCCCCUACUGAUAGUAAAGAGGUUUGUAAAAAGACAAAGACAUACAAAAAGAAUGGGAGAGAAAAAUCAAAGAUGUAUUUUGUAAUCAUCCUAGUAAAGGAAUGUAUAGCCAACAAGUCAAUAAAAAGUAGUCAAUCAAAAGAAGGCAAUAAUGAAGACAAAAGAGGACACAGAACAAAUGGGAUAAGCAAAAAACAAACAGUAAGUGGGUGGAUUUAAACCCAAAUAUAUCAGAGAUUACAUUAAAUAUAAAUGCAUUAAAUGCCCAGGUAAAAGGCAAAGACUGUCAGACUGGAAAACAAUGACAAUGAUAUAUAUGAUGCUCCUUUAAAAUGUAUGGAUGGAAAGGUUGAAAUAUAAUGAUGAAAAAAGAUAGUCCAGGCAUGGUGGCUUAUGCCUG